AAAAAAAAAGAAGAAAAAAAAGAAUCUCUUCAACUUUGAAGUCUUUGUCUACAAUGGCAGCUGCCAAAGGAGAUCCAUACAGGUCCUAUUUGAGUGCAGAGGAAGUCCAAAACACUCACUGGAAAUUUGGUCCUCCUAACUAUGAUGCUGCAAACAAGCUCUUCGAGGAAGGCCAGACUAAGGUUUGAUUAUUUUCCCUGCUUUCUUUAAUGUUCUUCAUUGGAAUCCUAAAAUUUACUAUCAAUGGAGGGAGAUUAUAUCAAAUUGGUCUCCCAAUUGAUUUUGAGUUGAAUGUGUCUGAAUUUAUUUAUAAGUCAUGGAUUAAAUUGAACAGAUAUGGCCUGCUGGAUCAGUUGAGGAGAAAGUGCAGAAUCUUGUAAAAACAUGGGAAAUGGAAGUUUUUAACAAAGCAAAUCCUGAAGAAUACAAAUGUUUGGAUCCUAACAAUUAUACUAUUAGCGUCAAUGGUAGGGAGAAACAGAGCUUUUUUUUCUUUAUUUUUUUUUUUGGUAAACUUGUUCUGUUUAAUUUCUUCUUUUUGUUCUUUUUAAGGUUAUGUCAUCUCAUUAAAGAGCUUUCAUAUGUAAAUGAUUCUUGGAAAACUACUAUUUCCUCAGGAAGGAAACCAUUGACAAUAGCAGAAAAAGGAAAACUUGGGGGAGGUUACAAUGUGUUACUUCAGACAGAGUUGCCAGAGAACUUUAGAGUCUAUGAUCCUGCAAAAGAAACUACUGAAUCAGCCCUGAAAGUUUUCAAAACUACGUUUCCACGCGGAUUCGCUCUCGAGAUCCUUCAUGUAUAUUCAGGGCCUCCAGUCAUAGUAUACAAAUUCAGGCACUGGGGUUUCAUGGAGGGACCUUUUAAGGGACAUUCUCCAACAGGGGAAUUGGUUGAGUUUUUUGGGAUGGCGAUUUUCGAGGUGGAUGAGCAAUCUAAUAAGAUUGUGAAAGUUCAGUUCUUUUAUGAUCCUAAACAACUACUUGAAGGUCUUGUGAAGGGAGAUAAAAUUGGAGAUGAACUUAAGGCCACGGCAUCUUCAACUUGCCCUUUCAUGGCCGCAUCAAAAUAGCUUUGGUAGCAAAGGAGGAUCAAGAGUAGUGAUUGGAGCAAGAUAGAGUCGGUGUUCCCCACACACGCUUCGUACUGAGUUAUAGUUAAUUUAUUUCAAGACUUUCACCUCUUUCAGUGUAUUAACGGAAAAGAUUAGUUUGAGUAGCGAAACUUGUUCCAGUGUUAUUCUAUUUGGUAUACUCCCUCAGUCUCAAAAUAAUGGGACAACUGCACCGCCAAUGCACUUAACAGAGAAGUUGGCCCUAUGUUGAAGGAACACAUGAAAUAUUGUUGUUGAAGGAGUGGAGAUUAGCAGACUAGCAAAAGUAAAGGCUCAGUUUUCAGAAGUUAAUUCAGAAUUAGAGAGCUCAAAUUCUAAUUCUGGGUCCCAAUGCAAUGCAACCAAACAGAGCCUAAGUUGAAAAAACACCCAGAUUCGAUAACAUUCUCAAAAGCCCCCAAAAAAAAAAUCGCAGCAGAAAACGAGAGAGUAAUGAGUCUCUAAAUCUAGCCUUCAUAACAAGAUCUUUCGUAAAACUCUCCCGAGAGCCAACAUAUAAUAAACAAAGAAAGAAUAAAAAAAAUAGAGAGCUAUGCGCCACAAGAGUUAAAAUUGUAAAAGACGAAUAAAUUAUUUACUACCGUCUAUAUUGUAUAGUUUGUGAUUUGUACUAAAAACC